AUGGUUGAGAUAUCCCGCCUUACGAUUUUCUUGGUUUUUGCCAUAGCCAACUUCAAUAUAAAAUGCGCCGCUCUGGACUCUCCAAACCGCGGAUUUUGUGCUACUUGGCCCCCUAACAAAUCAUUAAAGGCAGAACACAAGAGGCUGAGUGCACUGGAAUUCCGGGACGAAUCUUCGGCCGGGUCUGAGAGUCGGGAAGUUGUAACUCCAAUCGAGAUAGCCACAUGGUUCCAUAUCCUUCUGGGUAGUGAAGAUGAUGCAGAGCAGGUAUCGGAUGAAAUGAUUGCCACUCAGGUGGGUAUUCUCGCCAGUUUUGAACAGCCUAUAUUCGUCCUUUAUAAUUAA